ACUCCAAUAUCUCGAUUAUUAAUUAAGCUAUUUGAUGAGAGACAUUUGACACAAUCAAUAAUCAAUGAGAACGAUGUAUUAGAAGAACCAAUUGAUGAUGACGACGUUGGAGGUGAUUUUGGAGGUAAUUUUGAUAAUUCUAAAGAUUCUGAUAGUAAUUCAUCAACCGAAGAUGAUGAAAGAGAUAUUAGAAAUAAUGCUGAAUUUUAG